CAAAACUGACCUUGAGAACAGUGUGAUGCAGAAGAAAAUUAAAAUCCCCAAACUCUCUCUCAGUCACAUAGAAGAAGCUGGGGAGGUUACAGCUUAUGGGGAAGAAGAUGUGGAGCUUAGACACAGUAAGAGGCAAGAUGGGAGGAAACAAAGUGAAGGUACACACAAAAGCAUUGAAGCAGUUGUUGCUCGCCUUGAAAAACAGAACGGGAUGAGUCUCAGUAGUACUUCCAGCCCUGAGGAGGUUUUUAUGGAGGCUGCAGAAGGCAUGAACAAUAUGGACGAUGCUGUAGUUCCUCGGAUUCUGUAUGAUGAAUUGCUGAGGAGCUACCAACAGCAACAAGAAGAAAUGAGACACAUUCAACAGGAGCUUGAGAGAACACGGAGACAGCUUGUGCAACAGGCAAAGAAGCUAAAGGAGUAUGGGGCAGUCGUGUCAGAAAUGAAAGAGCUCAGAGACUUGAACAGGAGGCUCCAGGAUGUACUGCUCCUAAGACUAGGUAGUGGACCUGCCAUUGAGGUUGAAAAAGUGAAACCUGAAUCAAUUGAGCCUGAACCUGAGGUACAGAACACCUUCAGUGAGGAAGCAAAUACAUCAACGUACUAUCCUGCCCCUGUUCCCUCAAUGGACAAGUACAUUCUCGAGAAUGGAAAGGUCCAUCUUGGCAGUGGAAUUUGGGUAGAUGAGGAGAGAUGGCACCAGCUGCAAGUAACACAAGGAGAUUCAAAGUAUACAAAAAAUCUAGCGGUUAUGAUUUGGGGAACAGAUGUUCUCAAGAACAGAAGUGUCACAGGAGUUGCAACCAAAAAAAAGAAAGAUGCCGUUCCCAAGCCACCUCUCUCACCUCACAAAUUAAGCAUUGUCAGAGAAUGUUUGUAUGAUAGAAUAGCACAAGAAACUGUGGAUGAAACUGAAAUUGCACAGAGACUCUCCAAAGUCAACAAAUACAUCUGUGAAAAAAUCAUGGAUAUCAAUAAGUCAUGUAAAAAUGAAGAAAGGAGGGAAUUUGCAAAGUACAAUUUGCAAUAA